CUCCCGCCUCCACCGAUGGGAUCCCAGGGUAGAAGACAUCAUCAGGCGGUCCAGGAGGUUGCAGGAGCCGGCCGCGUCAUCCCUGGAUGGGCGGCGCACUGACUGGAGGACGGAGGGUGUUUUCCAGCUUUAAAAGCACCGGAGCCGGCCCCUCUGACAAACCGCGCUGCGUCAUCGACCUGGGGAGACUCUUGAAAACCUCCAUUGGUCUGAAGAGAGAGCCAAACUCACCUCCACCGCUGAGCCCGUAGCACCCCUACCUGCGCCCUCUCCAUAUCCGACAGUACGCGCUGACCUUCCCCCCCCACCCCGGCCGCUCGGUGCGCACCGUCCGCCGCGCUGUGCUUCCAAACUGUACACUACGCUUCGCUUUAACUUCGCUGCGAAUUAUGGUUUCAUGUGAUGGUGUGUGAAGUGAUCUAGCUCUUGCAACAGUGUCAUUGGCGGUCGCUCCUCGCAGUCUCACAGCCGGAGAAAGUUGCGCACCGCUUGUUGAAUGCAGGACACCUUCUGCCUGAGCGGCACUUCCAAGUUCAGCUUUGGAACAGCAGCCGGUAAGGAGCGGGGACUCCAGUUUCUCACCUCUCUCGCCGCCGAUAUGAAGUCUGCAGAAGAAGAUGCAUACAGCUACACACCAAAUGUCAGCCUGUCCCUUCCACUGGGCAUGGGCAACCCCUGUAUGGCCAAUCACUACCACACCUUACAGUCCAGCCCAGUCAUCUCCAUUUCCUCUUGCCACCAAACAGACUACAGCCUCCAAAAUGAAAACCAUGCAGCAUCAGGCUAUUACCUGCCCCACGGCCUGAGACCCAAUGGGGCCCCGGCUCUGGAAAGCCCCCGUAUUGAGAUCACUGCCUACAGCCAGUACCCCGAGGAUGAGGUCGAAGAGAGCAGCACUGAGGACCACAUCAUCAAGCGAGGCGUGAACUCCAUUGUGACGCUGACGCUGCCCAAUGCAGACGGCUACCGUGACCCCAGUUGCCUCAGCCCUGCGAGUAGCAUUUCCUCACGCAGCUGUAACUCAGAGACUUCUUCUUACGAGUCCGGCUUCUACAACUACGACAACUCCCCGCAGAACUCCCCCUGGCAGUCUCCCUGCGUUUCUCCCAAGGGCUCAUCUUCGCUAAUGUCUUGCCCACAUGCCAGCGGUCCUGUAGCUUCCCCGCACCAUUCCCCCUCCACCUCUCCUCAGAUAGGAGCCGUGGCCGAGGAAGGCUGGCCGACACAACUUCGCGGCUCAAGGCCUAACUCCCCUUCCUGCAGCGGAGGCGGCGGAGUCAACGGCGGCAGCAUAGGGAAGAGAAAGUACAGCUUCAAUGGCACCACCUACCGUCAGACAUCCUGCUCACCCAAGCAGUCCCCCGUCCCAUCCCCAUAUGGCUCCCCCAAGGUCAGCAUCACAGAUGAGAACUGGCUCGACAACACCAACCAGUACACCAACUCUGCCAUCGUGGCCGCCAUCAACGCUCUGACCACAGAUGGAGUGGUAGACAUGGGGGAGGGUAUCCCAAUCAAAACGAGGAAGACCAUGCUGGAUCACUCCAUGAGCUUGAAGGUGGAGCCUGCUGGCGAAGUGCUGGGUCUUGAUGGGGAGCUGUGCCAUGAGGACUACCCCUCCCGCCUGGCCGUCAAGAAGGAGAACUACUGUGGAGGGUUCCUGGAUGUGCCACAGCAUCCGUACUCCUGGUCUAAACCCAAGCCUUACCUCAGCCCAUCUAUGCCAGCUCUUGACUGGCAGCUUCCGUCCUGCUCCGGCCCGUACAACCUACAGAUCGAGGUGCAGCCGAAGUCCCACCACAGGGCCCACUAUGAGACUGAAGGCAGCCGCGGGGCGGUGAAGGCGCUGUGUGGCAGCCACCCUGUAGUACAGCUUUAUGGCUACAUGGAAAGCGAGCCGCUCACCCUGCAGCUGUUCAUAGGGACCGCAGACGACCGCCUCCUGCGACCACAUGCCUUCUACCAGGUUCACCGCAUCACUGGCAAAACCGUCUCCACCGCCAGCCAUGAAGUCAUGCAAUCCAACACCAAAGUUCUGGAGAUCCCUCUGCUGCCUGAAAACAACAUGAGGGCCAUAAUUGACUGUGCAGGGAUCCUGAAGCUGCGUAAUUCGGACAUUGAGCUUCGCAAAGGAGAAACAGACAUCGGACGUAAGAACACACGCGUGAGAUUGGUGUUUCGCGUGCACAUCAACCAGCCCAACGGCAGGACAGUGUCCCUACAGGCUUCUUCGAACCCCAUUGAAUGUUCCCAGCGCUCAGCUCAGGAGCUUCCCUUGGUGGAGAAGCAGAGUGUGGACAGUUACUCUGCCACUGGAGGCAAAAUGAUGCUCCUGCAUGGCCUCAACUUCCUCCCUGACUCCAAGGUGGUGUUCGUAGAGAAGGCCCAGGAUGGGCAUCAUCUGUGGGAGACAGAAGCCAAAGUGGACAAGGACUCCGUCAAAAAUAGUACUCUUGUUGUGGAGAUCCCGCCGUACAGGAACCAGAGAAUAUCCAGCCCCGUGCAGGUUAACUUCUACGUCUGCAACGGCAAGAGGAAGAGGAGCCAGUGCCAGCGCUUCACCUUCCUGCCUCUAAACGUGCCGAUAAUAAAGACAGAACCCAAUGAUGAAUAUGAUUCUCUGGGGACUGCGAGACUGCCCAUGCAUUCAAAGCCCUAUUACAGCCGGCCCAGGCUCACUCCCAUCAUGCCCGUAGCCGAUCCUGACGCCUGCCUGGUUGGUGGUUACCCCCCCUGCCCGCCUCGCCACGCUGCAAUGCCAUCGUCGCCCCUCAGCUCCAGCCCCACUCUGCACGACCUGUCCCCCGUGGCUUACAGCAAGUGCCUUCCCAACAGCCCCACCCAUGCGGCACCACCAGGCCCCGUGGUGCCCCCCAUCCAGGAGACCCCUGGCCUCCCCAACCUCGCCCACCCAGCAUCGCCAGACCACAACUCUCCCCUAGGGAUGCUUCAUUCCCAGGGCAGCCCAAACCACCUCAACAGCACAGGGCCCCAUGGUUACCACACUAUGUAUGCCAACAGCAGUCCCUCGUCCUCCCCGGUAUCCCACCCUUCCACCCCCGGGGAGAGCACGUUCUUUCAGGCCUACAGCCCGAGUCAGGCUCAGCAGGCAGCCAGCUCAGCCCAGCCCAGAGGGAGCUCACCCAGCCUGUUACCUGAGGACGCCAGCCCCCCUUCGAUGGCCGUCACCGUCAAACAGGAGCCCCAGGAACUGGACCAGAUGUACCUAGACGAUGUUAACGAGAUCAUCAGGAACGACCUCUCCAGCAUUUCCGUGCACACUCAUGCAUAGACGUCCACAAGUCUUUUGCAACACACCCACACACACACACACACACACACUCAAUCAGCAGCAGAAUCAACAAAAAGAAGAUAACACCCCCCAGAGAUCCAGAUGAUGAAGAAUACAUUUCUGACCAGGUUCUCCCUUCUGAGCGUCUCCUAACUCACAGACUCGCUGCAGACUCACAUUGACAAUCACUGGCUCCAAGCUCCAUUUGAAUAAACAGAUGAAUGUUAUAUUAAGAAAAAAAAAGGGAAGUGAUAUCAGAGUAAGUAUGUAUACAACUACACUUGCCUUAAGUCACAGCAGAUGUUCUUUAGUGGACCAAACAGCUCAAAGAGACUGAAUUACUUGUACCGUUGACAAAAUGACAAUCUUUCAUAUUUUGAGUGUGAUCUGUAUGUUAAUGCAUGGAAAAGCUAACGGGACAACACGUGUCAUGCUUCUUCACUUUGGUUCCUUUGUUUGUGCAGUCAGUCCGCGACAACCGAAUCGGUGCCUUACAGCAGUGAUAUUGGCAGCAAACAACAGCAGCAGUCACGCUAAAUGCAAAUGGUUGAUUGUAACCCAAAGUGGAAGUUUUUUAUAAAACAGUUUUGUAUCAUUUCAAUGAUUUGUUUACAGGGAAACAGAAUAAAAAAGGCUGGAAAACAUGUAGGGAGUAUGUGAAUAGAUUAGAAUUGUAUUUUUUUCUUGCUUCCUCAUUAUUAUCUCAUUGUCCAUCUAUACUGAAUGUUAUUGUAUGAUAUUCUUUUGUAUAAACAUGUAUUUGAAAAUAUGUAUGCCUCAUACUUAUAUCAUGCAGUGUGCUAUUUAGCUUCCCCUUUUGUUACAUUUGUCGUCUUCCCCUUGAUAUGAUCCGUACCAUUUCUACUACCUUGCAUUUUGCUUUUUUCACCUUAGUGCCUAUUUUUUAUCAUUCUGCCCCGGUCUUCCAGGCCUCCCAACCCCAAACCAUGAUAUCAAUAAUGAUGCACAGACAAUCCGAGAAAUAUAUAGUACAUAUCCUAUGACAACCGUUCCUGGUUGCAGGGGGCUAAUAAAAGGCAGGUAGGCCAAGGGAUUUUCUUCUCCCCCAGCUAUCAGAUAGUUGAACAAUGGUAUGCUUACCUGCUGAAUUUAGAUGAGAAUAAUGCUGGACAAUAUAUAAAUAUAUAUAUAUAUAUAUAUGUGUCUGUAACUUCUUGCACUGCAGGUUUGCAUGUAAAUACGCACUGGGAUAAUCAAAUUCUGCGGCUCAGUUGUACUCGUCACUUGGGUCGCUCCACUGAGGAGUGGGCAGAACUGUUACUUACAGCUGGCAAUAAUUGAUGUGAGUAUACCAAAGGAUUUUCUCUUUGGUGAAAUUAUUGUCCACUUUUCCUUCUUUAGCGUUCAGCGGUUCCCCGUACAAACAAAAACAUUAUGCACUUUACCGUAGAAACAGACCAAAUAUUGGAGAUUGAUUUCCAGUCGUGUCAUAAAGGAACCUACGUCUGCUCUUCUCUCACACAGCUGCAGUCUAUUUUCUUGUUAACUGUCUUUUGGAGCAUGCAUAUUGUACUAAUGUUGGGGAUCAUUUAGCUGACAUAAUAUCGCUUCCUUAUACAUUUCUUUGGACAUAUUAGUAUAAUAGCAUGAUUAAACUGUAUGAAUAGGGUUUCUAUUUUGUGCCUUACUCUCUUUCUUGGCUGCAAGAUCAACUCUAUAAAGCUUUGUCUGUGUAGGCACAAGGUGAAACAUAUUUAUCUUUAAUAUGAAAUAUUUAUGAAAAAUGAAAUGUGUUUAAAGUGCAUUUAAUGUGUUUCCAGCAAUGAAUUAAUAAAUGGCAUAAUGGUGACCAUA